UUCAAGCAGCUGAUAUAUUUAUGUAGGCAUAGCCUAUGCGGAUUUAACAGUGUUAUAUCCUGAUACUACUGUGGACAUGACGACUUCGAAUAUUCUCGGCCCUGAGUUACAGAGUCGUAUCAGAGCUGUUUUAUAUGGACAGUGUGUCGGGGAUGCUCUAGGACUUCUGACCGAGUUCUUGACCAAACAAGAAGCUAAAGAAUAUUUUGGGAAAGUGAAGGACAAUCUGGAGUAUAAACACAAGGGGCUGGUGGACAACCCUCACCAGAGCCGCUGGAAGGAGGGGGACUGGUCAGAUGACUCAGACCAGAUGAUUAUAAUUCUGAUGUCACUCACCGACAACAAUGGAAUGGUGAAUCAUAAAGACAUUGCUCGCCGUUUUCUGGAGUGGAUGAAGAAGGGAUUUCCCGAGUUGGGGGAUUUUGUUGGAAUGGGAAUUGGAAAAACAACAGACCUUGUUCUACACCACAAAAGUUACCUAGAUGACCCAUACACGGCAGCUGAGAGUGUCUGGAGGGAGAGCCAGUGUAAGGUAGCCCCUAAUGGAGCUGUGAUGAGGACCAGUAUCCUGGGAGUCCACAAAUUUCACGACCUGGAACAGGUUGCCAGAAAUGCCGCAGAUGUGGCCAGAAUCACUCACUAUGAUCCAAGAUGCCAGGCCUCUGCCGUUGCUGUGUCGGUUGCUAUAGCAAUAAUGUUACAGAAGAAAGAGAAGCACUUGGACAGAAGAGGACACUAUGAUGUCGGCUCCAUCAUUAAGGAUAGCUACAACAUGGCCGUCAGAUACAUUGAUGAUAAGGAGCAGAAACAAGAGUUACUGACCUUUAUGAAGUGUUCAGAUAUAAAACAACUAAAAUUAUCUGGACCAGAGAUUGGUUACACGUUCAAGACUCUGGGCUCUGGUUUCUGGGCACUCAAGCAGAAUGAUUUCCGCAAAGCCAUCACUAAGAUUGUCAUGCAGGGAGGAGAUGCAGAUACAAAUGCCUCUGUAGCUGGAGCUCUGCUUGGGUGUAAGCUUGGAUUAGAGGCCAUUCCUCAGUCAUGGAAGGAAAAUCUUGUACAUAAAGAGUGGCUAGACCAAAAAAUUGACAGGUACUUUUCCAUGAUCAAUGAGGGCAAUAUUGAGACUGAGGAAAAAUCAAGUUCUUAAAUAUAAAGUUCUUAAAUAAAUAGAAUAUUGGAUUCAGUGUGAUAUUGGACAUCAGUGUGAUAUUGGACAUCAGUGUGAUAUUGGACAUCAGUGCAUUGGACAUCAGUGCAGUACUGGUCAUCAGUGCAAUAUUGGACAUCAGUGCAAUAUUGAACAUUAGUGCAAUAUAGGACACCAGUGCAAUAUUGGAUAUCUCGGUAUUUGUUUUGGAGAUUGAGACAGGAAUGCUCAGCAAGAUAAAGGUGAUCAUGUUCAUCAUUGGACUCUUUUUUUUUUCUUGAGCAUGUGUUCAAUUUACUGUAGAUCACAAAUUUUCAGCCACAGCUUAUUUUCAUGAAAUAUAUUUUUUAUUUUGUUAUUUAUAAGUGAGACUGAGUAAGACAUAAUUUUCACAGUUUUUGUUAUUGUUGCAUAUAAUCUUUGAUAAAGAUAAAUGCAAGAAUAUUUUUUACGAGCAGAGGAUUUCAUGUAAUCAUGUGAAAAUAAAGUUCUUGCAACUAUAGUGUGAUUUACAGUACAAAUGCAUUAAGAGGGCUGGGUGGUCAUGGCCAUCUUUAGACUAUGUUGAUCUCCUUUAGAAGAAGAGCUCCAUAUAAAGAUAUACA